AUGGGGGUUGCCAAAAAUUAUCCUUUCAUUAUGGUUGGAGGAUUUGUAGCUGGUAUCAAGGUUGGUUAUGCUAUGAUGAUUACAUCGGUUUACAUGGCUGAAGUUGCUCCUGCUACUCCUCGUGGUUUUCUCAGCUCUUUCUCUAAGGAAGAGUUCUGGAAAAGGCGUGUGAAAGGAUCUUUUUGUCCGACCAACCCCUGCAGUCAGACAUAUCUUAAUAGCUUGUCUCGGUAUCCAUUUCGCUCAGCAAGCCUCCGGGAUCGAUGCAGUCGUCCUUUACUCUCCGACCAUCUUCUUAAAGGCUGGAUUGAAGUCCAAGAAUAA